UCAUUCUUCAAUCAGCGAUCAUUCAUUAUCCAUAAGAGAUACCAUGUCUGUUCUGUAUUGCUAUUUGUAAGUAUGGAUUUAAGGCACAUUUAGAUAAAGUACUGCAUUGCCUAUUUGGUGAAGAAUACAGUACAAAAGGGGUUUACUGUAGGUCUAUUCAAAUGAAAAAUGACAAGUGAAAUAGAAAUUUGUCUUAUCUAAGAGACUUACCAAGUGCUUUCUCGUAAAAUCUUAAUUUAAGUCAAAAUGAUCUUUCAAGAGAGUGCCAGAUAAAUCUCUUCAUAUUGAGAACAAUACCAAUCAUUUGAUGCUUGAUUUUAACAUAAAAUUAAUAAUACUUUGUUAGUUUUUUUUUUUUUUGCAGUGUACCUGAGACACUCAGACCAGAGUCUACAGCACACAGCUGUGGAACCAUGAAGAAUGCCAAAGACAUGGAUGAUCAUGGAUCACCAACACACUCUGAUGGAGGGCCAAACACACACAGACCUCCACCUUCAGUGCCCAGCUGUGUGUCUCUGAAGAGACAAGAGUCCAUGCAACAACCGCCCAAUUUCAGCAAUGAGCCAACACCAUCAGGUCUAACACCACAGACACACAGACCUGCAUCUCCAGUGCCCAGCUGUGUGUCUCUGAAGAGUGAAGGGUCCAUGCAACAACCGCCCAAUUUCAGCGAUGAGCCAACACCAUCAGGUCUAACGCCAAACACACACAGACCUCCAUCUCCAGUGCCCAGCUGUGUGUCCAUGAAGAGUGAUAAGUCCAUGCAUCUGCCCCAGAACUUCAGUUGUGAAUCAGCACACAAUGACCCAAAGUAAGAUACGGUUUAGACUGUCCACUCACACACACACACACACACAAACACACACAUGCAGGCACACACACACACACACACACACACACACACGUGCGCGCACACACACACACACACACACACACACACAAAAAUACAUGCACACACUCUGACAGAUAUAGUAUACAAACACACCAUCCGGUCUAACGUGAGUAGUUCACACACACUCACUCACGCACACACGCACGUACGCACGCACGCACGCACGCACGCACGCACGCACACACACACACACACACAAAAUAACCAGCUGUGCGUCCAUGAAGAGUGAUUGGUCCAUGGCUCUGCCCCAGAACUUCAGUUGUGAUCCAGCACACAAUGACCCAAAGUAAGACCCAAAAACUGUAACUCUUAACUUAUAUCAAGACUUAUCCAGGGAACUCUGCUCCCCUCUGCUCUCAUCUGGAUAACAUCACGACCAACUUCAGCCAGUCAAAUUCCUGCUCAGUACAUUGACAAAGUUACGGAAAUACGAGGGUUCAGUGACACACAGAAGGAAGAGUACUUCAGGGCGAGAAUCAAUGAUGAGAAUCAGGCCAAGAGAAUAAUCUUACACAUUAAGGCAUCCAGGAGUCUCCACAUCAUGUGCCACAUUCCAGUCUUCUGUUGGAUUGCAGCCACUGUGCUACAACAGAUGCUGAAACAGGACAACACCCAGGAAAUCCCAAACACUUUUACAGAGAUGUUCAUACACUUCUUGCUCAUCCAGACCACCAGAAAGGAUCAGAAGAACCACAAUUGGGUGAAGGCAAAUAAAGAAGAGGUCCUGGAAUCACAGAGAGAUGUUAUUUUGAUGCUGGCAAAAUUAGCUUUUAAGAAUCUAGACAAUGGCAAUGUCAUGUUUGAUGAGGAAGACCUGAAGAAGUGUGAUAUUGAUCUCAGCUCAGCAUCCGCAUGCUCUGGUAUAUGCACUGAGAUCUUCAAGGAAGUAUCUGUGUUUCAAGGAAGGAAGAUUUACCAUUUUGUGCAUCCAAGCAUCCAGGAGUUUCUGGCAGCACUUCAUGUCUUUGCCUCUUACAGUUCUCAGAUGGAGACCAUGGGGACCUUUUUCUGCUUAGAAGAGUCAUUAGAGCAUGUUAUUAACACAGUUUAUGAAAGCAGGAAUGGACGCCUGGAUCUUUUUAUUUGCUUUCUCAUGGGCAUCUCUCUGGAGAGCAAUCAGAGACUUUUGACAGGUCUAGUGAAAGAAAUCUCCUCCGGCAAUUCACAAAGCAUUCAGAAAACAUGUCAGUACAUUCUGGAGCUCGACAGGGAAGAUAUCUCUCCUGAAAGAUGCAUCAGUCUUCUGCAGUGCCUAUCUGAAGUGAAUGAUCAUUCCAUACAUGAGGAAAUUCAACAGUACCUGAAAUCACCAAGCAGCUUUAAAGAGAAACUGUCUCCUGCCCACUGUUCAGCACUGGCCCACAUGCUUCUGAUGUCUGAGGAGGUGCUGGAUGAGUUUGACCUGAAGAAAUACAACACCUCAGAUGAGGGCCGCAGGAGGCUGAUCCCAGCUGUGAGGUGCUGCAGAAAGGCACGUGAAGAGAUGUCUGCAGUCUGCUAACUCCCUCAUACAGCUGGAUCUGAGUCUCAAUGCCUUAGGAGAUUCUGGAGUCGAGAUUCUUUAUGCAGGACUAACUAGUCCCCACUGUAAACUGCAAACCUUGAGACUUAGUGACUGCAAUCUCAGUGGUGAAUCCUGCAACAGGGUGGCCAGUGUCCUACAGUCGCCAAACACCCUGAUAGAGCUGGACCUGAGUCACAAUGACCUUGGAGAUUCUGGAGUUUACGACCUGUCUAAUGGACUGACCCAGUCCUGACUGUAAACUGCAGACACUAAGGCUGUCUGGUAGUCUUAUCUCAAAAGAAGGCUGUAAAUGUCUGGCUUCAGCUCUGACGUCAAACCCCUCUCAUCUAAAAGAGCUGGAUCUGAGCUACAAUCAUCUUGGAGAAUCUGGACUGAAGCUAUUAUUUGCUAAAC